AGGAGUUAGUUUGUUUCUGUACCUUGAACUGCUACUCAGCGCUAUCGAUCUGGACAGACUUUCGUUUGAGAAAACCUUCCUUUUUCUUGACCUGUAUUGAUACAUCCUCAUUCUGUACUUAUCGUUAUCUUUUUUUUUGUAGUUUUUAGUUUUUUUUUUUGUUGUUUUCUAUACUUUUCGAUUGCCUACCAGCCAACCUAGCAGCAGUUCCAUUUGCGUAUUUGCGUUUGCUGCGCGCACCUCGGUAUUCGCGCCUGAUCUGACUCCCUUUGGUUGUCUUUGCAUUCUUGAUGAACUGCUUCAUCCCCAAUCAGCCGCAGCCAUGAGGUUAGGGGCAGCUUUGCAGGCUGCUGCAUUGCUAACAGCGUCACUUUGGUCACAUCCUCUGCUGGCAGCUAGCGAUGAUCCGGCAUUCAAGACGACCAAGCUCGACCACUACCCGUUCAACCUGAACUAUUUCGAAGAUUCGGACAUUGUCCUCUACCAAGAUGAGGCCAGGGGGACCAUCUCUCGCAGCGAGGAUGCCGGCGCUACGUGGACGCUGGUGAAAGACAUAGAAGAAGGGAAGGCAUUUCAACUCGUAAUGCACCCCUUCGAUCGCAAGCGCGCGUACGUCCUGACAUCUCCCGGUAUACACCACUUUCGUACGCACGACCAGGGCAGGACAUGGCAGGACUUCCUCGCAGACACCGAGAUGACCAUGUUCCGACUCGAUAUUCUCAGCUUCCACGCGACCGACCCCGACCGCAUUAUCUUCAACGGCAUGGACUGCAAAGAAGGCAAAUUCUUCUGCGAGGAGGUCGCCAUGUACACAACCGAUGGCUUCACAAGUGAUGCCAAGUUCCUCCGCGGCUCGACGUCCGGCUGCUCGUGGGCAAAGUCCUCUAAGCUCUUUACCACUGGACAAGAUGAUCUUGAUAAGAAUCGCAUUCUUUGCGUCGUGCGGGACCAUUUCUCGCCACUGAAGCAGGAUCAACGCCUCAUGAUAUCCGACAACUUCUUCUCUGCCAAGGAUGCGGGCGGAGUGAUACAGGAGUUUGAGCCCAACCUUGACAUGACGAGGCCAAUCCAGGGUGUUGUCAACGUCGCAGUGGUCAAAAAGUACCUCCUCGUUGCCGCCAGCUCCAUGAAUACGGACGAGAUGUCGCUAUUUGUUUCGGACGACACGCUUAAGUGGCACCGCGCCAUGUUCCCAACCGACCACAAGAUCAACCAGGAGUCUUAUACCGUGCUGGAAAGCACCGAAUACAGCAUCCAGGUCGAUGUUAUGACCACACACCCAUCAAACCCAAUGGGCGUCAUGUAUACGAGCAAUUCGAACGGAACGUUCUUUACGCGCAACAUCGAGCACACGAAUCGGAACCACCGCGGCCAUGUCGACUUUGAAAAGAUCACAGGUGUGCAGGGGAUCUUCAUGGUGAACAAGGUUGAUAACGCGGAAGAGGUUGAGAAGGACCGCCGUGGCAAGAAGAAGAUUGUCAGCGAGAUCACAUUCGACGAUGGCAGGACCUUCGAGCCUAUCCAUGCGGAUAAGGAGCGGCUACAUCUACACUCGGUAACGGAGCUCAUCAACGCGGGCAGGGUCUUUUCCAGCCCGGCACCGGGCUUGGUCAUGGGCAACGGAAAUACCGGCAAGCAUCUUGAGUCGUGGAAAGAUGCCAGCCUCUACAUCUCAGACGACGCCGGUCUGACUUGGAUCAAAGGUCCCAAUGGCCCGCACAAGUACGAAUUCGGUGAUCAGGGAUCCGUCCUAUUGGCCGUAAUGCAGGCAGAGGAGGUGGACGAGGUGAAGUAUUCGCUGAAUCACGGAAAGGAUUGGAAGACGGCUAAGCUGCCUGACGACCUCAAGGUCAAGCCCAUUAUCCUGACCACCACACAGGAUUCGACCAGUCUCAAGUUCAUCCUCAUCGGCGAGGGCAAGGGCAGAGAUGAGUUUCAUAUCGUUGCCAUCGACUUCAGUAGUAUGCACGAGGCAACCUGCAAGGAUAGCGACAUGGAAGAUUGGUAUGCUCGAGUGGACGACAAGGGCAAGGCAACAUGUCUGAUGGGCCACACCCAGAAAUACCGCCGACGGAAGAAGGAUGCAGACUGUUUCGUCAAGCAGGAGUUCAAAGAUCCUGUGCCAGAGACAAAAGACUGUGAAUGUUCGGACCAGGACUUCGAGUGCGAUUACAAUUUCAAGCGCGAUGGGAAAGAGUGUGUUCUGGUUGGGACUGUGGUUGCCCCUGAUGGUGCUUGCAAAAACGCAGGGCCCGAUGACACCUUUAAGGGCUCUUCUGGAUGGAGACUCAUACCCGGCAACACAUGCAAGAGGGCAAGUGGCGCACAGAAGGAUGAUCUGGUUGACCGGAAGUGCAAGGAAACCUCAGAGCCGACGCCGUCAGAACCGAGUGGUAAUAUCAGCACAACUCCACAUAAUUUCUCUGGCGACUGGCUUGACUUUGAGAAACACUACCUGGAAAAGGGUGCCGAAAGCAUGGACGAAAACGAGGUCGUCAUUGCACGCCCAAUCAAUGCACAGAAUGCCGGACAGAUUUUCUUGACAAAAGACCAUGGCAAGACAUGGCACAUGCCCGAAGCAUUGAAGGACAAGAAUAUCUGGGGUAUCGUGACUCACCAGUACUUCAAAGAGAUGGCCUUCUUUGUCCAAGAUACGGGCAGUGUUAUAUACACUGUUGAUCACGGCGAGCACUUCCACGACUUCAAGGCACCUGGAAACGGUAUAGACCCCGACACCAAGCCACUGGUGUUCCACCCGGACCACAAGGAUUGGAUGAUAUGGAUUGGCAAGAAGUGUGAAGAAAACACGUGUUACCGUGAAGCUUCGUUUUCGCAAGAUCGCGGUGACAACUGGAAAUCGAUCGCUCGCUACGUGUACAAGUGUGAGUUUACCGGUUCAAGCUCUUACAAAUUUCGCUCGCAGGAUCAAAUCAUCUGCUCGAUACAGUCUCGUGAAGGCAAUGAAAAGAACAUACCUUUCGACCUCGUCUCGAGCAACGACCUUUUCAAGACGUCCGAGGUGCGUCAAAAGAACAUCAAAGACUUCGCAACAAUGGCAGAAUUCAUCGUCGUUGCCGCUGAGGAUCCGGAGCGGAAGAGCCUGAAAGCAUUCGCCAGCCUGGAUGGCGACAGCUAUGCGGCCACGCGGUUCCCGUCCAACCUAGACGUCAAGGAAGAGCGAGCUUUCACCAUCUUGGACAGUUCGACGCAUGCCGUCAAACUCUUUGUGCCUUCUCCAGCCCAAAAGGAUCGUUGCGUUGGUUCUAUAGCCAAGAGCAAUUCGAACGGAACAGACUAUGUUGUCAGCAUCACCGGCGUCAACUGCGAUGAGAAUUACUUUGUAGACUUUGAGAAGAUGCUCACGCUCGAGGGUGUCAUUCUCGUCAAUAUUGUGGCCAACCGGGAAAACACCAACGAACCCAAGAAGAGGCGCUCGUUGAUCAGUCAUAGUGACGGUGCCACCUGGAGCUACCUGCCACCGCCACGUGUGGAUGCUGAGGGUAAAAAUUAUCCUUGCACGAGUUCUGACAAUGGAGAUGAGAACUGCGCACUGCACAUCCAUGGGUACACGGAGCGAAAGGACCACGGCAAGACUUACUCGUCUGCAGGUGCUGUCGGCCUGAUGUUCGGCGUCGGCAAUGUUGGCAGCACCCUGGGCGACAUCAAGGAUGCCGACACCUUCCUCACCACAGAUGCGGGUAUCUCGUGGAAGAGCGUCAAGAAAGGUGCUUGGCGAUGGGCUUAUGGCGACCAAGGAUCCAUCCUAAUGCUGGUUCCUAGCACCAAGACCAAGAUGGUAUCAUACACAACCGACGAGGGUGAGACAUGGAAUGACCACAACUUCACUGACGAGCCAGUGGAUGUCCUCGACAUGACCACGGUCAGCUCAGGAGGCUCGAGAAACUUUCUUCUUUGGUGCCGCAGGUCUGACAAAACUGUGUUCGCGGUGAAUCUCGACCUCACCGGCUUGGCCAACACGGCAUGUAAGCAAGUGGAUGAUAAUGAUAGUGAAAGCGAUUACUACGCAUGGUCACCAUCCCACCCGCUGCGGCCAGACGACUGCUUGUUCGGCCAUAAGUCGUAUUAUCUGCGCAAGAAGACGGAUCGGAAAUGCUAUAACAAACACAAGAUCACUCCAGUUUUCAAGAUGGAUGUCUGCGAAUGUACACGGGAGGACUUUGAAUGUGACUACAACUACGAACUCGAGGGUGUUGGGCGCAACUGCGUGCUCGCCAAAGGUGCCCAACCCAUGUCGCGCGAGGAUUGGUGUUCAGCACACCCCAAGGAGUCGACUUGGUACGAGCCUUCGGGCUUCAGGAGGAUUCCCAUCAGCACAUGCAAGGAAGGCAGGGUGUUUGACAACUACACGACGUCAUGGCCUUGCCCUGGCCAUGAAGAAGAGUACGAGCGGCAACAUGGCGGGCCGGGAGGCUUUACGAUAUUCCUAAUCGUCAUUCUCUGUGUGGGUGCUGCUGGCGCCGUAGGCGUAUGGGUGCACCGACGGUGGGAGAGUGGCGGCUUCGGGCAGAUCCGGCUCGGCGAGCAGUCAUCAUCAGGCAUUUCCUUUCUGGACCCAGACAGCCCUUGGGUGCGAUAUCCAGUCGUCGCAGUCUCGGCGACGGUCGCCCUUGUUGGGGCUUUGCCGCUGCUGGUGGGUGCUCUGUGGCGGACCACCAAGACGACGGUUGAGCGCUGGGGCAUCUUUGGUGGUGUCGGCCGGGGCACGUAUGGAUCCCUUGGAUUGGGCGGCGGUAGCGGCGCCAGGCGAUUUACGACUAGGGACAGCUUCGCGAGGGGGAGAAGCGACUACGCUGGCAUUGACGAGGAUGAGGGAGAGCUGCUUGGUGAUGAUAGCGAUGAGGAGGUUUGAGUUUCACGUGGUAUGUCUUAGCCUGAAUCACUCUUGUUGAGCUGGGAAUAAAGCGGUCUGCGGGAAGGACGGUAUGUAAAAAGAAAAAGGAAGUGUUGUCAUAUAGGGUAUAGACAGGCAGAGCAAAAUGAGAUGGACUAUGUUUCACAUAUACACGCAUGCGCACACAGUCCGUCCUUCCCAAAUCAGGUUUCAAAAUAGAUCAUGACUAUACCAGCGAUAGUGAUAGUAUCCAACGCAUACUUGGACCAGAGGUUGGCCAGGUACAGAGGGCGUCACUCGAGGCGAACUGUUGCAUAUCAACCUCCUCAUUCCCCUCAUCCCUCCACAC